UCGCGUAAUUUCUUACUAACCCGGAAGCGGAUUUCCGGAAGAGCAGGUAUCGCUCGCUUUGCCUCCUGUUGCUUGGACUAUAUGAGUGAAAACCCAGAAGACAGAAUGGAAUCACAAGAAUCAGUGACCUUUGAGGAUGUAGCUGUAGACUUUACCCAGGAAGAGUGGACCCUACUGGACUGGUCCCAGAGAAAACUCUUCAGAGAUGUGAUGCUGGAGAACAUAAGUCAUCUAGUCUCAGUUGGCAAACAACUCUACAAAUUAGAUACAAUUUUCCACUUGGAACAAGGAGAGCAACUUUCCACAGAAGGGAUAGGUUUGCUGCAAUUCCAGAGUCUAGGUAGGGAAGAUGAUCUUAAAAAACAAGAAAUAAUAUUCAUGCAACAUAUCUACAAGAAGGACACGACAUUAAUCAGUGCAAUGAAAUCUCACACCCAAGAAGAUCCUUUUGAAUGCAAUGAUUUGGGAGAAAAUUUUACUGAAAUAUUAACGUGGACUCAAUAUGUGGUACCUAAAAUGGGAAAGAAUCCCUAUAUCGGCAACAAAUGUGGACAAGACAGCAGUUAUUUGACAUCCAUUAAUAUACAUAAGCAGAGUCAUGCUACAAGUAAACCAUAUGAAUGUCAUCAAGGUGGGAAUGCCUUUAUUCAAAGCUCUGCCCUUAGACAACCCAAUAAUACUCAAAAUGGAGAGAAAACAUUUGAAUGUCAUGAAUGUGGGAAAGCUUUUGGAAAAAGUUCUAACCUUAGGCGACAUGAGCUGAUUCACACUGGAGUGAAACCACAUGGAUGUCAUCUAUGUGGGAAGGCCUUCACUCAUUGUUCUGACCUUAGAAAACAUGAGAGAAUUCACACUGGAGAGAAAUCAUAUGGAUGUCAUCUGUGUGGGAAAGCCUUCAGUAAGAGUUAUAACCUUAGGCGACAUGAGAUGAUUCACACUAGAAAAAAACCUCAUGAAUGUCAUCUAUGUGGGAAAGCCUUCACUCAUUGUUCUGACCUUAACAAACAUGAAAGAACUCACUUUGGAGAGAAACCAUAUGGAUGCCAUCUAUGUGGGAAGACAUUCAGUAAAACAUCUUACCUUAGACAACAUGAGCGAACUCAUAAUGGACAGAAACCGUAUGAAUGUCACCUCUGUGGGAAGGCAUUCACUCAUUGUUCUCACCUUAGAAAACAUGAGAGAACUCACACUGGAGAGAAACCAUAUGAAUGUCAUCUAUGUGGGAAAGCCUUCACUGAAUCUUCUGUCCUUAGACGACAUGAGAGAACCCACACUGGAGAGAAACCGUAUGAAUGUCAUCUGUGUUGGAAAGCCUUCACUGACUCAUCUGUCCUUAAACGACACGAGAGAACUCACACUGGGGAGAAACCAUAUGAAUGUCACCUAUGUGGGAAAGCUUUCAAUCACUCUUCUGUCCUUAGACGACAUGAGAGAACUCACACUGGUGAGAAACCAUACGAAUGCAAUGUAUGUGGGAAAGCCUUCAAUAGAAGCUAUAACUUUAGACUGCAUAAGAGAAUCCACACUGGAGAAAAACCAUAUAAAUGUUAUGUAUGUGGGAAAGCCUUCAGUAAAUAUUUUAACCUUAGACAACACGAGAAAACACAUGUAAAGGUAAUAAAUGCAGAAGAUUCACCACCUAUAGCUUCAAACUAUAAACACACUUGA